GCACACGGCCAGCCCGUCACGCGCCCGACGCCGCGCCCGUCACCGGCGAGACCGUCACACCGCGACGCCGGCCUACCGCUCGCCCGCCAGUGAUUGAUCAGUGAUAAUUACUCCCCGUCAGUGUGCUCGUUGGGGUCUCGGGCCUUACGCGCCGGUGGACCGAUCGAUACCGGGGAUACCCACCUCCUCGGAACCGACUCUCCUCGACGAGGGCGUACGAGUGGGGGAGCAAUAUGCGGGGGGGCGUGGCGCGAUGAGCUAGCGGUAUGGGGGGCGAGGGGGCGCGGCGCUGGCCCGCGGGCGACUCGCCCCCGCGCUCGGGGCACGAUGCGCCGCCGCCGCCGCCGCCGCACCUCGCCGCGGCCAGCGCCGCGCAGCUGCAGCGGGCGCACAGCAGAUCAAUGUCGUCGCUCCCGCCGGAGCCGUUUAUGAUGCUGCGCGCGAAGGCGCUGUGCAAGCGUGUGACCAUUAACGUGGGCGGCGUGCGGCACGAGGUGUUGUGGCGGACGCUGGAGCGCCUGCCGCACACGCGUCUCGGCCGUCUGCGCGACUGUAACACGCACGAGGCCAUCACCGAGCUCUGCGACGACUACUCGCUGCAGGACAACGAGUACUUCUUCGACAGGCACCCGAAAAGUUUUAGUUCAAUAUUAAAUUUUUAUCGGACUGGAAAGUUACAUUUAGUUGAUGAAAUGUGUGUGUUGGCGUUCAGUGAUGAUCUCGAGUACUGGGGGGUGGACGAACUGUAUCUGGAGUCGUGCUGCCAGCACAAGUACCACCAGAGGAAGGAGCACGUGCACGAAGAGAUGAGGAAGGAGGCGGAGAGCUUGAGGCAGAGAGAGGAGGAGGAGUUCGGGCAGGGCACCUGCGCCCAAUACCAGAAGUGGCUCUGGGACCUGCUCGAAAAACCCACCACGAGUAUAGCCGCCCGGGUGAUAGCGGUCAUCUCGAUCCUCUUCAUCGUGCUGUCCACGAUAGGGCUCACUCUCAACACGAUACCACAGAUGCAAGUGUACGACGAAAAAGGCGCGCCGAUGGACAAUCCGCAGCUGGCCAUGGUCGAGGCGGUGUGCAUCACGUGGUUCACCCUCGAGUAUGUGCUUCGGUUCAGUGCCUCGCCAGAUAAAUGGAAGUUUUUCAAGGGAGGACUCAAUGUCAUAGACUUGCUGGCUAUACUGCCCUAUUUCGUAUCUCUAUUCCUCCUCGAGACUAAUAAAAACGCGACGGACCAGUUUCAAGAUGUGCGCCGCGUGGUACAAAUUUUCCGUAUAAUGCGAAUAUUGCGUAUCCUUAAACUCGCCCGCCACUCCACCGGGCUGCAGUCUCUCGGCUUCACGCUCAGAAACUCUUACAAGGAGCUGGGGCUGCUCAUGUUGUUCCUGGCGAUGGGAGUGUUGAUAUUCUCCUCAUUGGCAUAUUUCGCUGAGAAGGAGGAGCCGGGAACUAAAUUUAUUUCCAUUCCGGAAACGUUCUGGUGGGCCGGCAUCACCAUGACCACAGUGGGAUACGGUGACAUUUACCCCACGACCCCGUUGGGCAAGGUCAUCGGCUCAGUUUGCUGUAUUUGCGGCGUGUUGGUAAUUGCGUUACCCAUUCCCAUUAUUGUCAACAAUUUCGCCGAGUUUUAUAAGAAUCAGAUGCGGCGCGAGAAAGCUCUGAAGCGGCGCGAGGCGCUGGAGCGCGCCAAGCGCGAGGGCUCCAUCGUGUCCUUCCACCACAUCAACCUGCGCGACGCCUUUGCUAAGAGUAUGGACCUCAUCGACGUCAUCGUCGACACAGGACAUAACCUGUCGCAAGCGGACGCCACUAGUCUGGAGGGCGAAGCGCCGGCCACUACGGGCUGCUACAAACAGUACGAACACGCCAUCGGCAAUAAGAUACCUCAAGGCCCCGAACCCAAUCAGUUUCAGACGAGUCCUAAGAAAGAUCGUCGCUUUUCUACGGAAGGCUCGGGCACUCCGGAGAAACGCUUGCUCAUUAACCCUGACCCGACGCCUGAAAAGAAGAUGGCUGACAAACAGCUUGACUUGGAUCAGCUGCCUUCUGAGUUUGAAUGUUGUUUUUGCACGUUCAAGGGGUACAAGGAGUUCAUAGACGCGGAGCAGCUGAUGCCCAUGCCGACGUCCGACCUGCGGCAGCCGGUGUGCGUGGAGCUGGCCUGCCUGCAGCGCCACCCCGCGCCCAAGGCCCUGCCCGAGGCCACCCCCAACAGCCUCGACAGCCCUGAUACAUUUGCAUCAUGCCUUACGCACCCUUUUCCUUCAGAGGGCGACAUCACGGGCGAGAACGACUCGUCAAACUUGUAUGUGAACCCAUUGGAUGGGAGCGGCGGGGGCGGCGCGGGUGUAGGUGGGGGGGAGGCGGGGGUUAACGGCGUGCGCAGGAGCGCCUCGGGGGACGUGUUGUGUGCGACAGAUUCCCAGGCCGAGCGGUCGCCGCGCGGCUCGCGGGGCACCCUGGCGGGGCCGGAGCCGCUGACGCCAGUGGACGCGUCGCGGACCAGCCUGCCCCAGACGACCGACCCCGCCGCCGACGACGCCAAGCCCAAACACAGGAAAGCGCGGUUCCAGCAGGAAUGGACGGAGGAGGAGAAGAGGCCACCGAGAGGGAUAGCCACGAGGAUAAUUAAUCACCAUAUUCUAUUUGGUAAGAACGGUAACAAGCGCGGUAGCGGAGGGUGGCCGGAAGACUCGCGCUCGCGUUCCAUACUCAAGAACAAAGAGUUCCGCGGCACGGACAGUGAGCUCCUCCUGCAGGACUCUACUUCACUUGGUGCCAAUGGGGACUCCGGCAGCGAGUCUUCACCGAUUCGUCUAAAAGACUUUAAGACGCAGAAUCACAAAGCUGCGACAGACCGAGGCCUCGUCUCCUAGACCUAGGACCUAGGUAGUAGGUACUACUACUAGCCCGCACUAGACCCCGCUCACGCCUGACCACUGCUGAGCUCCGCCACGCCCGUGUUAGAUGAGUACACCGACUCGAUUCAUAUUUAGAACGCAAUAAAAAAAGUAAUUUUUAACAUAUCAUUGGGCGAUUGUGACUGCUUAUUGAUAGUGAUUCAUUUGGUAGAUUUAUAAAUAUUGUAAAAAUAUAGUUAAUAUAAAUGACGUUCAUUCCAAUCGAAAAGUUGAAAAUAUCUAUUGUUAAGUUUUUUACGUGCAAUUAUUGAUUGCUAAUUAUAAUUUAAGCGAUAUAGUUUGUACAGCAUAGUCGAAGAAAAGAAGCAAUUAUUAAAAUUAAAAAGAUCUGAAAUUGUUAA